UGCAAAUGUUUAUCAUUUGAGUGUAUUUCUAAAUUAAUGCAUUAAAUUAAAUAUUUUAUUCACUUAACCAUAAUUUAGUUUUUAAAAUGAUUUUAAUUUACUUAUUGUUAAUUUGCGUACAAUAUGUCACACCAUAUCCACGACAACAUAACUGCUCAUCAAUUGUCUACUCAAAUAAAGUUAGCUUUUAUGGCUGUGAAGACAACAUCAGUACUGAAAGCAUCACAAACAGGAAGAAUGGACACAAACUUAUCUAUACAUUCAAAGGCAUCCCUUAUGCAAAACCACCCGUCGGUGCAUUAAGAUUCCGCAAACCUGUAGCCAUAAAGUAUGAUAAGAAGACUAAAAUCGACGCAAAGAAUUAUCAAAAGCCAUGUAUGCAGUCGUGGAUCGUUGACCACCCGUUUGGCAUUAUGUCCGAAGAUUGUCUGUAUUUGAAUGUAUGGACGCCUACUCUAAACAGUUCGGCUAAUCUGCCGGUAAUGAUAUGGAUAUACGGCGGCUCUUUCACCAUCGGUUCCAGCAGUCAAUUCUCAGCCUUAUAUCUGACCAGUGAUAACAUCUAUGAGGGAACACAACUGGCGCUCAGGAAUGUUGUCAUCGUUACGCUUAACUAUCGUUUGGGUAUUUUUGGCUUUUUGUAUGGAAACUCAGCCGACUGUCCGGGAAAUCAAGGCUUAUGGGAUCAGGCGGUGGCCAUCCAAUGGGUUAAGGAUAAUAUCAGGGCGUUUGGCGGUAAUCCUAAUGAUACAACACUGUUUGGUGAGAGCGCCGGUAGUAUAUCCAUUAGCAAUCAUAUCGUGUCGAACGUAACUCGACAUAUGUUUCAAAAGGCAAUCAUGCAAUCGGGUUCGGCUUAUAUUAAGUUAUUUUCGAGAGACACGAACUACUCGUACAAAAUCGCCCGAAGGUUUGCGUCAAACAAACGGUUGUUUCGCCGAAGCGGUGCCUGUGUUGGCACGGAUUGGAUUCAAUGUCUUCGGAGUAAAAGCGCAUAUGAAUUACUGAACGCACAGUUAAUGUCCAUAAUUCACAACCCAUCGAAGCCCUGGUAUACGGUUUACAUCCAACAGUUUACGCCAGUCUUUGGCGAUGAAUUCGUUCCCAUAUCUGUGAACAGAGCCGUCAAUGCGGGAGACUUUCGCAAAGAUAUACACAUACUUAUGGGACACUUGGAAAUGGAAGGACUCCUAUUCACGUCGGCUUUCGAUCUCGGGGUGGGAAUGGCCGGCCGUUACCUCCCAUUCGUCCCAAUAGCGCCAGUAAUCUCCAAAGAGAUUGUCUACAACGAUAUCAGGAACUACUUCUUCGACAACGACACCAUUGGUAUUACUAUAGCUGAAGAGUUCACCAAAACGUUUGACAGCAACCCUCGACUGUUGGACCGAAACGGACUGAGACGGGCGGCCACUCACGCCUUUGGCGACUACUUUCUCACGUGUCCGACAGUACUGUUCGGCGGAGGUUUGGUUACGAGUGACCAGUUUGUGGGCCGCGUCUAUCAGUAUCGCCUCACGUAUUCACACCGACACUCCAUAUCGAGGUAUAGCACGUGGUCUGAGGCGACGCAUACGGAUGACAUCGCCCUCGUCUUCGGCGCCCCCUUUAAUGACCGCAAUCUGUGGACAAACGGCGACCGAAGGCUCAGCAAACAGAUGAUGAAUAUAUGGACGCAUUUCGCAACACAUGGAGUUGUUCCCGAAGUGAACGGCAAGUCGUGGCCGAUGUAUGGCCUGACACGUGAGGGUCGGGUCAACGCCUCAUACGUUGAACUGCACGCCAAUCGGUCGCGAAUGGGAACCGUUUGGACCAAUCGCUACACUGUUAACGAUAACUACAAUCCACCCCUCGUUGGCGACUGUUUCUACUUCUGGAGAGACAUUCUCGACAAACAGUUCUGACCACCGAUUGUCCCAAUUGUCCCCAUUCUGGCCAUCGCUUCACAACUCAUCUCUUAAUCACUUUUUCUCAUUUCUAAACGUAUUGUAAAUAAACACAAACUUUGAAACUAUUUGUUGG